AUGGGAGAUAUGCAGAAAGAUCUUAAUGCCAAACCAAGUUUCACACAGAUCAUCGUAGCCUCUUCUAUUGGAUUGAUAUUUGCAGUGGCCAUGCAUUAUCGUCUUAAAAAGAUUAGAGAUCGAAAGAUCAUCCCACAUCUAAGAUCAUCACGCUCAGGCCACUUACCAAAGCUUGAAAGGUUCUCACAUUACGUAGCUAGGCAAAUGGGGUUCAAAGACAGGAGGAGUUGUCCUCAUCUAUGUAGAUUGGCUUCCGAAUACAUAAGGAAAUGCGAGGGAUGCGAAGAUGAUAUAUAUGCCUUCUUUGAGAAGGAACCAGAUGCGGAUUCACUGUAUGUGAAGCUGGUGGAGGAGUUUGAGAGAUGCAUUCUUAGUUACUUUGGAUUCCAUUGGAACUAUGGUGAUGUAAUAAUGAGUCAGGUGUUGAACUCGGAAAAUGAGCCAAAGAAGAAGCUCAAGCACAUAGUUAUGGCAGCAACUAGGGAACAAAGGAUCGAGAGAGUUGCGAAGAAUCUGAAGGUUGCUAGUGUUUUUAAUACAUUGGUAGAAGAGAUGAAAGCAAUGGGAAUUGCUGCAACUGAUGACUCUCAAUGUACAGAGGUGAUGGCUCCAGUAGCUCAUAGCGAUAGGAGCCCAGUGCUUCUCCUAAUGGGGGGAGGUAUGGGUGCUGGCAAGAGCACUGUGCUCAAGGACAUUCUCAAAGAACCUUUCUGGGCAGGAGCAGCAGGGAAUGCCGUAGUCAUUGAGGCAGAUGCCUUCAAAGAAUCAGAUGUCAUCUAUAAGGCCCUUAGCUCAAGAGGUCACCAUGACAUGAUUCGAACAGCAGAACUGGUACACCAAUCAUCCACAGAUGCAGCCUCAUCCCUCCUGGUAACAGCACUGAAUGAGGGGCGGGAUGUUAUUAUGGAUGGCACACUCUCCUGGCUACCAUUUGUGGUGCAGACAAUAACAAUGGCCAGAAAUGUUCAUCGACGCCGUUACCGCAUGGGAGCUGGCUACAGGGUGAACAAAGAUGGAACUGUAACUGAAAACUAUUGGGAACGAACUGAAGAUGAAGAACCUGAACAGGUUGGAGGCAAGAAGAGAAAACCAUAUAGGAUAGAGUUGGUUGGAGUAGUAUGCGAUGCUUAUCUUGCAGUCGUUAGAGGCAUAAGGAGAGCAAUCAUGUGCAGAAGAGCAGUGAGAGUAAAGUCACAAUUGAAAUCCCACAGGAAAUUUGCCGAGGCAUUUAUGACUUACUGUCAACUAGUAGAUAACGCACGGCUAUAUUGCACAAACGUGUUGGAAGGCCCAGCCAAGUUGAUAGGAUGGAAAGAUAGAGACAAGACACUGCUCGUUGAUCCUGAUGAAAUCGACUGUUUGAAGAGGGUUGCCAAAUUGAACGAAGAUGCCGACUCCAUUUAUGAACUUUACAAGCAUCCCAACCCAGCUUGUGAAGCUGGAUCGGUAUGGAAAGACAUUGUGUUAUCUCCUUCAAGGUUGAACAUCCAACAGGAGCUCAAGUUUUCGAUCCAAAAGAUUGAGAGCUUGAAAUGACAAAACACCAUGGUGACCAGAGGAAAUUUUUCAACAUUUAGCUUUAAGAAGUGGAUCAGGAGAGGAAAACCACCUCGAGUAGGCAAGAAAUGCGUGGUGCUAAAAUUUGGGAUUGGGAUCAAGAAGACUAUUUACCAUUAAUAUAUACACAAACAACAUUUAGCCUUAAUCUUACAGGACUUUUCAACUUAUUUUACAGGAAAUUGCGAACACAGACACUACCCAAUAUGCAGCAAAUAUCCGGACACAGCAUAACAGUCAAACUGAUCAA